UGAGCGCGCGACACAGGCAAAUAUACGCUAUAUUUGUCUCAAAACAAUGCUGAUUUUCGAUAUUUAAGUUGUAGUAUUUCGGCGUGAGGUGUUCGAAUUCCGGAAAAGGACCUAUGUUCUGCUGCGCAUGAAUGUUUUCGUUCUAUAUCGCAGUGAAAAGGAAGGCGACAGCCUUUACUGACUAAAAUGGAUUCUGAGCAUCGGAGUAUGUGGCGAUGGUUGGCGAUUGUAUGUUUGAUGGUAGCUGUGUUUGGCGCUCAAAAUGGCGAAGGAAGAAGUGUUGUUGGAGAAAAACAGACGAACAGCCUGUAUGUUAAACGUCAGUUUGAAAAUAUACACAAACGAUCAGUUCUGUCAAACAUGUUGAGGAUAGAUGUUACUAAAUAUAGCCACGGGGGGAAGGAGCGAAAGACCCACGGACGAAUGAAGCGUUACGCUCCGUCGGUGAGCGUCCGAAGCGAGAUACCCCCGGAAUAUAUUGUCGUUGUGACACUGGGCGUAGCUGUGAAAAGUCCCAACAGGACCAUCGACAGCGCUGUGAGUGGCUUACGGCAGGCGUUCGCCAGGGUCCUCAACUGGCCCAUAGACAACAUCAGAGUAGAUCGCAUCAGUUUGGCAGGCAAUGUCAUCAGCUUGUACUUCCUGCAAACUGGGAGUGUGGAUGACUUCUUCCAAACAUCAGAUCUCAUCCCGGCUGCGAUGGUCCUACAGCCGGGCAUGCUGGCCUCCGUCCAGAAGGAGGCUCCGCAACUCAACAUCACACGUAUCAUGCAGGACCACGGCAUCUACAGUCAUCCGUAUGACGUACCUCCCAUCUGGUCACAGCCCUACUUCCCCUAUAUCAUCGCUGGAGCUGGCGUCAUCUUCUUUCUUAUGUUCAUCCUCCUGCUAUACCUAUGCUGCUGUAGAAAGAAUGAUAAGAAAGAAAAGUUGGACGAGCCUCUGCCGACCCAGCAGAUAUUCUACCCCACAAUCAAGCCCGACGUGAAGGACCCUUUGACCAUACAGCCCGAGGGUACUCCAGUUUUUGUUGCCAAGGGCUGCAUGACAACCAUUCCAGCUCAACCCAUGAGGGUCAAGGCCAAAGGUCUUCUUGAAAGUCGACGAGGAUCGAACGCUUCCUUAACAAUUGAUCUCAACCCCUCACCAGAACUAGCGAGAUGGGAUGGGACACCACCCAAGGAGAGUUCUGGCCUGGAGUUUUUGCUCUCCGUAGGAAACCGACUUAGUCGCAGAGAUUUACGAAAUGCUGUAAAACACCCGAAAGCUUUAUAUGAGGAAUUCUGGGAAAUUCCAACUAAUCACACAGAAAAGGUGUCAGUGGCUGGCUCAGGGAUGAAAAACAGAUAUAAAACUAUUAUACCAAAUGAACACAGUAGAGCCAUUCUACCAGAUGGAGAAAGGGAUCCACUCUCUUCUUACAUCAAUGCAAACUAUAUAAAGGGUUACGAGGGUGAGCUGAAGGCCUACAUCGCUACACAGGGUCCUAUGGCACACACCAUUGUAGAUAUCUGGAGGCUGAUCUGGUUCGAGAGGGUGCCCAUUGUCGUCAUGAUCACAAAGUUAAAAGAAAAGAAUAAGCCAAAGUGUGAGAACUACCUCCCAGAGAGAUACGGCAUAUUUGGAGACGUAGAGGUCACUGUUGACAAAGCAAUAGAGCGCAACGGAUACGAAAUACGCCAUCUACAUUUACGAUCUCAAGGUGAAACACGGAACGUGAUCCACUAUUGGUACACAGCGUGGCCAGACCACAAGCCCCCGACGUCUCCGUGUAUGCUGUUGGAGCUGGUGAAGGAGGUGGAGCUACGUAGAUACAAGGCCGACGCGGUCACACCUAAAGGGCCAGUCCUUGUACACUGCAGCGCUGGUAUUGGAAGAACAGGGUGUUUUGUUGCUACCAGCAUUGGAAUCCGACAGCUAAGAGAAGAACAUUCUGUGGACGUUUUGGGAAUUGUGUGCAGCAUGAGACUUGACAGGGGCGGAAUGAUACAGACGCACGAACAGUAUGAGUUUAUUCACAAGAUGUUGAGUCAGUUUGAGCGAGAUCUGGAGGAUCCCUAUCUGACAGAGUGAAGUGCCCCGCACGUCAAGGAUCUCUGACUUGCCACUGGUACAGACAAAUCUUGUCUUCUGUAGGUUGUGGUCGCCAUCUUGACUGAAGUAUGAUGGUACAAAUGUCCACUUCCACUUCCUGGUUGGUAAGGGAAGAGUUAUCUCCCUUCAUGAUGGUUCCAUGAUCAGGGACAAGGCUGGUAUGGUAGUUUAUGAUAAUGGUGGUUGAAAUUGUAGAAUGAACGUGGAUCUGAUAAAUUUAUCCUGUGUUAACAAUUUUCAAAUUGAUGAAAUCACAAAUGUUGACUUCAUCUCUCUGUUGUGGUUUGUAAAGAUCUGGAGUAAGAUACUUGCUAAAAAUUUUACAUGUUCAUUGUUGAACACCAAUCAUUUUGCAAUAAAUUCAGUGUUCUUUUGAUACCCUUGUACAGAAAGUUUGCAUGUAAUUUAAGUUUUAGAUACUUUUCUACUUUUUCGAUACUUGCUUCAGUAAUUAUUGUAAUUCAUUCAACCUGUUCAAGAUUUUGAUCAUAUCAUUCAAUUUCAUUGUGCAUAACAUCAUUUAUAUAAUUUAUACCGAAGUUUGGAGAACCAGUAUGUAGUAAUUCUUUACUUAUCACUUCAGGGAGAUCGGUUUGUCUUCUGUGUUUUCGGUAAGAUUCAAGUUGAAUUGUUUCAAACCAAGCUGACAGUAAUAUGGCUAUCGAUUUGAAGUAUUUGUCUUUGUUAGAUUUUGGAGUUUGAGGAAAAUGUAUGGAUUUGGUGAGAUGUAUUGCCUUCAGUGCCUAGCAGCUUGAGACCGCAGUGUUAGUAUAGGAGGGGCGGUACCAUAUUCAACAUGUUAAUGCCUAAUGCUUAUGAAAAGGACAAAGAUUAAAAAGCUGUCUGUUAAGACUUAAGCCGCUGGAUAAGUGAUUUAGAUUGAAAUAUUUGGCAAACAGGAAGGACAACUCUGUUAGUUUAAUUGAGGACACUGGAAAUUAUUGUAUCUUAAGGACAUUUAAAAUUAUAACAAGAUAUAAAAGAGUCUUUGAAAUUGACGGUUGACCUGGGGUCCGAUUUGUUACAGUACUUUGGUCUUGGGUUUCCAUGUGUCUUCAACUUACAAUUUUCGGCAUACUUGAAAUAUUAUUUUUUUCAAAAUAUUGGGGCCAUGUUUUCUAGCAGGGUGAUUACAAUGUUGAAUAUGG